AUGCAAGGUGCAUUUGAUUGUAAAGCUGAUCAAUUCAACUGUACGGAAUGGUGUGUACCAGAAGAAUGGCUAUGUGACCAGUACUUAGAUUGUGGUGGGGACGAAGAUGAAGCAGGAUGUGUUACCUGGCUGGUCGGAUUAAAUGGCUUCUGCUACGAGACCAACACACACAGAUCGUACAAAUUACCUUCACCUCUACCUAUUCCGAUUAAGCAAAAUUAUGACGUGCUAUUGGUUGGCUACCUACGAGGGGGAACCACAUUUGCAGGGAAAAUCCUUGGACUGCGACAAGGAAACUUCUAUAUAUACGAACCGUUUCACAAUUUGAGUACAUGGGGGUAUUUCAAGCCAGGCUAUCACUGCAGUAUGAACGACGAACGUUGCAACAAAUAUAACGGAACGGAUCGACUUGUCCUAGACGUUUUACGAGGAAUAUACCAUUGUGAUAAAAUGUAUUUGCUGCAUUCUUUGCAAAUGUGGCAGGUGCUCAAAGGGAGGGGGUAUGACGAUGACCUGAAAAAUCCAAUGUGGAUGGAGUAUUUCCCGGAAUGCCAUGGUGAGGUGGAAGGCUGUGUUGAGAAGUGUGUGAGCCAGUGUUCUAACUCCAUCGCACGAGUUAGCAAGGUUCCCCGUCUUAGUGUGAGUCUCGCGGCACAGUUGUUACACUCAGAACCUAAUCUGAAAAUUAUUCACCUCUUAAGAGAUCCGAGGGCUAUCAUGAAUUCAAGACACAGUUUAAAGUGGGCCACCGCACCAGGCGUCUCGUUAUCGUUGUGUAAGAAAAUGAAGGAAGACUACCUCAACUCCGACAUCAUAAGAAAGGUCUUCCCAGGAAAAGUACUGACUGUCUUUUAUGAAGACCUUGUGACAAAUCCACUGGAAACAGUUCGAACGAUGUACGAUUUCGCUGGAUAUGAUUUCGACGAGAAAGAAAGCUUCCGCUUGAACAAAAUAACUGGCAUGACAACGAACGAUGCGCAAAUGUCAAGUGGUAAGAGAACAUCUUUACAAAUCGCUACGGCAUGGAGAACAAAAAUAAACCUAUCAACUGUGGACGUGAUCAACCAGGGCUGUAAUGAUCUAUACAGCUUAGUUGGAUAUCCUCCAUUAAGAAAUGAAAUCGACCUGCGUAAUAGCAGCAUACCUCUUCGGCUAUCAAACUGAUUAACUGUGUUCAAACCAAUACAGUUACAUCGGUAUAGAACAGCAGUGUUCAUUUCGAAAAUUAAGGAGGACUUUAAAUCAGCAUUCCAAUAAAUAAGUCCAAUAGGAUGUGAGUAAUGUAUUCAGCACAUUCUACAACAUCUUCGUCCAGAUCAUAUCUUAUAUUGUUGAUGAUGCCAUCGGCGUUUCAUCAAAAUCAUAUUAAUACUGAAAAUUACAAUGUUCUUAAUACACAAGAGAUAAUUAUAAAUCGGCUAAAAUUAGUUGUAUCGAUCUUUCACGCUGAUGAUGUUUCAAUACAAUCGGAUUAAAAC